AUGCCACCAAAUGAUGGCAUGGUGAAAAACAAUGACGAAAGUCAUAUUACUGACAAUCCUGAUGUAGAUGUAGUUGGUGAGGUUAUUGAGAAAAUUCAUAACUAUGGAGAAACUUGGUCUGAUUUUUGUAUGAUAUUUCCUACUGAAGUAGCUCGUAGAAGAAGUUAUUUAAGAGAAGGCAAAAUUGAAGAUAAUUUAACCCUAAAAGAAAUCUUAGAAAAAGGUUAUGAAGGAUGUGAUUCAAUCAAACCAAGUUGUUAUGAUUAUUAUGACCUUCAACAUCUUUCUCUGGAUGAAUUAAUUAGUAGUCGGAGUGAAUUAACUUUUAAAACUAAGGCAUUAGAAGCAGAACAAGAAAAAUUGGAAACAGAG